CAGGAGGAGAUCAGGGACCUCCUUGCCAAGGACCAGAGCAAGAAGCUGGAGCUGAAGGAGAACCCUGAGACAGGGGUGUACAUCAAGGACCUCUCCUCCUUCGUCACGAAGAAUGUGAAGGAGAUUGAGCAUGUGAUGAACCUGGGGAGCCAGACACGGUCAGUGGGUAGCACCAACAUGAACGAGCACAGCUCCCGCUCCCACGCUAUCUUCCUCAUCACCAUCGAGUGCAGCGAGACGGGGCCAGAUGGUGAGGAGCACAUCCGUGUGGGCAAGCUCAACCUGGUGGACCUGGCUGGCAGCGAGCGCCAGAGCAAAAUGGGGGCCCACGGAGAGCGCCCCAAAGAAGCAUCCAAGAUCAACCUCUCCCUCUCUGCCCUGGGCAACGUCAUCUCUGCCCUUGUGGAUGGCAGGAGCACGCAUAUCCCCUACCGGGACUCCAAACUGACCCGCCUGCUGCAGGACUCCCUUGGAGGCAACGCCAAGACAAUCAUGGUGGCCACCUUGGGCCCAGCCUCUCACAGCUAUGACGAGAGCCUCUCCACCCUCAGGUUUGCCAACAGGGCCAAGAACAUCAAAAACAAGCCCCGGGUGAACGAGGACCCCAAGGACACCUUACUGAGGGAGUUUCAGGAGGAGAUUGUCCGGCUGAAAGCCCAGCUGGAGAAACGUGGCAUGUUGGGGAAGAAGAGGAGAAGGAGCAGUCGGAAGAAGAAGGCGAUGGAUGGAGAAAGUGCUGCGGAGAACGAAGGGGAGGAUGACAACGAGGAUGGCCUGGAGAAGAACAUGGAGAGCUACUUGAAAGAGCAGAAAGAGAGGCUGGAAGAGGAGAAAGCCGCUAUCCAGGAUGACCACAGCCUGGUGAGCGAGGAGAAGCAAAAGCUGCUUCAGGAGAAGGAGAAGAUGAUUGAGGAUCUGCGUAAGGAACAGGAGGCCACGGAGCUACUGGCCACCAAGUACAAGGCGAUGGAGAGCAAGCUGCUCAUAGGCGGCAGGACCAUUGUGGACCACACCAACGAGCAGCAGAAGAUGCUGGAGCUGAAGCGGCAGGAGAUAGCUGAGCAGAAACGCCGGGAGCGGGAGAUGCAGCAGGAGAUGUUGCUGCGGGACGAGGAGACCAUGGAGCUGCGGGAGACUUAUACCUCCCUGCAGCAGGAGGUGGAGAUCAAAACCAAGAAGCUGAAGAAGCUGUAUGCCAAGCUGCAGGCCGUGAAGGCGGAGAUCCAGGACCAGCAUGAUGAGUACAUCCGUGUGCGGCAGGACCUGGAGGAGGCACAGAAUGAGCAGACACGGGAGCUGAAGCUGAAGUACUUGAUCAUCGAGAACUUCAUACCACCAGAAGAGAAGAACAAGAUCAUGAACCGCUUGUACUUUGAUGGUGACGAGGAUCAGUGGAAGUUCCAGCCACUUGUGCCCACCGGAGGAAACAGCAACCAGAUGAAGAAGCGGCCUACCUCUGCAGUGGGGUACAAGAGACCCAUCAGCCAAUUCGCCCGCGUGGCCAUGGCCAUGGGAUCUCAUCCUCGGUACCGGGCUGAGAACAUCAUGUUCUUGGAGCUGGACCUCUCCCCUCCAGCCAUCUUUGAGUUUGAGCGGAGCAGGGACCCAGCAGAGCAGGACCCCCGCGCUCUGCACCUGGAGAGGCUGAUGCACCUGGACAGCCUCCUGGAGCGGCCGGUGGCCUCCCGGGUGAGGAAGUCCCGCUCCUGGUGCCAGACGCCGCGGUCACUGCCAUCCUCAACCACUCACGUCUCCCUCACCUCCAGCUCCCCGUGCGCUGCCACAACGCCAGCUCAGGAGUGA